AUGGGGUCUACAAUUCCCUCGAUUGACUUGAUCGAAUUAUCCAAGAGCGACAUCAAUGUGCCAAUUCCAGCGGACAUUCUUAAUCAGGCACUCUCAUGCCCGCCAUUCCAAGAGGUUUCCGGCGCAUUCAAUCUGCGUGACAUCGCAGUUCCAGGCGCCAUCAGCCCCGGCAUAGUCUAUCGAUCAGGCAUUCUGGCUCAUCUCACCGAGGAGGGCAAGUUGGAAUUACUAUCCAAGCUCGGCAUCGGACUCAUUCUGGAUCUACGCUCCGAGAGAGAAACGAAAUCCCACCCACCUCCGAAUGUGCCGGGAAUUAAGACAGUCUGGUUGCCAACGUAUAAGGCUCCGUCGCCUCUAAGUUUGGAUAGUUUUAUUGGCGAGAAUGGAGGCGAAAUCGGAUAUACCCAGAUGUAUUUGGAGAUUCUGGAUCUCUAUGCCGAGAGUUUCCGGGUGGUGUUGGAGUAUCUCAGAGAUGAGGCUACUCAGGGUCGAGGUGUUUUGUUUCACUGUUUUGCCGGCAAAGAUCGUACCGGUGUCCUCGCUUCGAUCAUACUCAGUCUGGCAGGAGUACCAGACAGUGAAAUCGCCAAAGACUACGCUCUCACUCGAAUUGGCAUCGAGUCACAGAGAGAGUUUCUCCUUCAACUGUUCUUGAAAUACUACCCGGGAUGGACGGAUGAAGCACCGGGUGUUCAGGAAUUCUUUGCCAUCAAGCAGUCUUACAUGCUAUCAUUCCUUGAUGCAGCCCGAAAAGAGUACGGGGGAUUGACGGCGUAUGUCAAGUCUCGGCUUGGGUUUAGUGAGGGGGAUAUUGAAAAGAUCCGGAGCACAUUGAGGGGUGCAUAG